UCUUCUCUCAAUUAUUAUGUUGUCAUUAAGCCACAAUUACAGGCUUUAUUAGCCGGCGCCACCAACAAAAGUGCAGCACUUUGUCCUAAUACGCCUCUUGGUUCGCUUGGCACAGAAAUCGAAUCCACCAUGUCAGCCCAACCUCUCAUCAAAGUUGUAGCUAUCUGCGGAUCACUUCGCAAAGCUUCUUCCAACCGUGGCCUCCUCCGAUCUGCAAUUGAGUUGAGUGAGUCAAUAGAUGGAAUAACAAUCGAAUAUGUCGACGUCUCGCCUCUACCGAUGCUGAACACGGAUCUGGAAGUCGACGGCAAAUAUCCGGCUGUAGUUGAGGAAUUUCGUCAGAAAAUUCUUCAGUCCGAUUGUUUCCUCUUCGCUUCUCCUGAAUACAAUUACUCCAUCACCGCACCUUUAAAGAACGCAAUAGAUUGGGCAUCGAGGCCACCAAAUGUGUGGGCCGAUAAAGCUGCUGCGGUCGUAAGUGCUGGAGGAGGGUUUGGUGGAGGGAGAUCACAGUACCAUCUUCGCCAAAUUGGAGUUUUUCUUGAUCUUCAUUUCAUAAACAAGCCUGAGUUCGUCGUGAAUGCCUUCCAACCUCCUGCAAAGUUCGAUAGCGAUGGCAAUCUAAUUGACCCUCAAUCUAAAGAAAGGUUAAAAGGUGUUCUUCUCUGUCUUAGAGAUUUUACCUUGCGACUCCAAAAAGCUUAA